UGAUACCAUCUACCGAAGGUAAAAAACAAUUAUAAUAUUUCUGAAUCAUCUUCUUCUUAGUGUAGUCUCCAAAAAGUCGCUCUUCACUAUCACCCAGUAUCCACCCCCAUCCCCACCCUCUCUCCGGGCUCUGCUCCCAAUUCGCCCAUCGGAUCUCCCCCAGACGCUUACUGUAUUUUUCUACUUACCAAUCAGUCCAUGCGUACGCAAUCAUACAUCUACACAAGCAAGGAAGCAGCUCUCGAUCAACCGGAAAGGCUAACCAGAUCUCUCGCUGUCAAAUACCAGCGGUAGUAGCUGUACGCUGAUUGUUGGGUUCUUGCUAUAUCAGUAGAUAGGUAGAUACGUAGGUGCACACUGUCAGAUGGCGUCGCCAGGGAAUCCAACUCCACCAGGCGGAGGUCCCUUUGAUAUGCAUAAGUUAUUCAACCCUUCCACCACUCCGCCGCCUGCCUCUGCUCCCCCCGCGAACCCUAAUCAUCAAAACUUCACCAAUAAUGCUGGUAAUGCUAAUAGUAAUAGUAAUUUGGUUUCAGCCCCUUUCCCACCCCCUUCGGCCUCUUAUCCUCCACCCACCGGCGCAGGCGGCGGGCCAUACUCGUAUUCCCCUCAAACAUCCCCAUUUCAUUACCAUCACCCAGUGUACACCCCGUACUCCAAUCCCUCGCCGCCCCACCAGGAAUUCGCUAACGUGCACCCUCAGAGGUCAAUGUCUUAUCCUACGCCACCGCUCCAACCCCAAGUGCAAACACCUACUUCAUCGCACCAGAACAAUUUUCAAAACCCCCCUAAUCCCCAGAACCCUAAUAACCCCGGGGCUCGAUUGAUGGCGUUGUUGAGUGCGCCACCUUCCACGCUGGAGGUUCCUCAGCAGCCGGCGAUGCCAAUGCCUCAAAUCCACCCCACCUCCUCUUCGGGCUCGGAAUUUUCUGCAGCACAAAACGUGAACAUCUUGCCCUCGGGCUCAGGUCUAGUGAUUUCACAUCAGGGCCCUGUGAUUCGGAUGCCGAGUAGCAAGCUCCCCAAGGGACGGCAUCUGAACGGGGAUCAUCUUGUUUAUGAUAUAGAUGUUAGAUUGCCUGCGGAGUUUCAGCCUCAGCUUGAGGUUACACCCAUUACAAAAUAUGGGUCUGAUCCAGGACUUGUUCUGGGGAGGCAAAUUGCGGUUAACAAGACAUAUAUAUGUUAUGGGCUCAAGUUGGGGGCUAUCCGGGUGCUCAAUAUUAACACUGCCUUGAGAUCCUUGCUUAAGGGUCUAGCUCAGAGGGUCACAGACAUGGCUUUCUUUGCUGAGGAUGUUCACCUUUUGGCGAGUGCAAGUGUUGAUGGCCGGGUUUAUGUGUGGAAGAUCACUGAAGGCCCGGAUGAAGAAGACAAGCCUCAAAUUACUGGAAGGAGUGUUGUUGCCAUUCAAAUUACAGGGGAUGGGGAAUCUGUCCAUCCUAGAGUUUGUUGGCAUUGUCAUAAACAGGAAGUUCUUGUAGUGGGAAUUGGCAAACGUGUUUUGAAGAUUGAUACCACGAAAGUGGGAAAAGGUGAAAAGUUUUCAGCGGAGGAACCCCUCAAAUGUCCCAUUGACAAGUUGAUUGAUGGGAUCCAACUUGUUGGCAGCCAUGAUGGUGAAGUGACUGACCUGUCAAUGUGCCAAUGGAUGACCACUCGCUUGGUAUCUGCUUCAGUGGAUGGAACGAUAAAAAUUUGGGAGGAUCGAAAGGCACUUCCAAUUGCAGUUCUCCGACCACAUGAUAGCCAACCUGUUAAUUCUGUCACCUUUUUGGCUGCUCCCCAUCGUCCGGAUCAUAUCAUUCUUAUCACUGGGGGCCCACUAAACCGGGAAAUUAAAAUAUGGAUAUCAGCAAGUGAAGAAGGUUGGUUGCUUCCCAGUGAUGCGGAAUCAUGGCAUUGUACUCAGACGUUGGAACUAAAAAGUUCAGCGGCUCGAGUGGAGGAAGCUUUCUUCAAUCAAGUAGUGGCCUUGCCGCAAGCUGGCCUUCUCUUAUUAGCAAAUGCCAAGAGGAAUGCUAUAUAUGCCGUGCACUUGGAAUAUGGUCCUAACCCUGCAGCAACGUGCUUCGAUUACAUAGCAGAAUUCACUGUCACUAUGCCUAUACUGAGUUUUACAGGGACAAGCGAAUUACUACCUCAUGGUGAACAAAUUGUUCAAGUGUAUUGUGUCCAGACACAGGCUAUUCAACAGUAUGCGUUGGACUUGUCACAGUGUCUGCCUCCCCCGACGGAAAAUUUAGUCUAUGAGAAGUCAGAUUCUAGUGUCUCACGUGAUGCUGCAAUUGAAGGACUUGCCAGUUUGGAGCCUUCUAGCAGUAAAGUGGCAGAGAUAUCUAUGUCUAGUUCAGCACCCAAAGCAUCUAUACAUGAGAGUGGCUUGGAGAAUGCACCUACAGUUAGAUACCCUGUUAGCGCUGCUGCUGGUGAGUCACCAACCAUACAGGAGUUUCCUUCCUCAAGUAUGGAGAGCAAACCAGUUAAUUCGUCCACAGUUCCUGAUGAUAGUGAUAUGUCUUUUGCUACUUCACCUCCACUCCCUUUGAGUCCCAGGGUGUCCAGAACACUUUCUGGUCGUAGAAAUAGCAACUUUGAGCAUGGUCCUUCAGUUAAUGAUCGUAGUGCAGAACAGAAAAUGGUUGAAUAUUCAGUUGAUAGACAAAUGGAUACUAUUCAUACUAAUUUGUCUGAUGUUGCUUCAUUGAAUGAUGAUUCAAGGAAUGAUGACAAUAAACUUUCUCAAGAUGAUAUUCCCAUGGCCCUCAACCAUCCGAUUAAGUUCAAGCAUCCCACUCAUUUGGUAACUCCUGCUGAGAUAUUGAUGGCUAGUUCGUCCUCUGAGGCGAACCACACAAAUGAGCCCUUAAGUGAGAGUGAACUGAGUAUCCAAGAUGUGGUAAUUAGCAAUGAUACAAGAAACAUUGAGGUAGAGGUCAAAGUUGUGGGUGAAACAAGAUUCAGUCAAAAUAACGAUAUUGGGUCUCGAGAAGAACUUCACACGGGUGUAUCAGAUAAUAAGGAAAAAUCAUUUUGCUCACAAGCCUCUGAUCUUGGAAUGGAGAUGGCUCGAAAAUGUCGUGCCUUAUUGCCUGAAACUUAUACUGUGGAGGAAGCUAGGCAGUUUAGUGGGGCUGCUGGAACUGAUGCAGAUACCCAAUCCUCUACUAUAGUAGAAAAUGAAGUGAGUGACUCUGAUAAGGAUGUUACCAGGAAGGUUGUUGAUUCUACAACUUCUGUGGCAGCUCAACAACCUGCCCCAAGUACAAAAGGCAAAAAGCAGAAGGGAAAGAAUGCUCAAGGAUCAGGACCAUCUUCACCAUCACGCAGUGCUUUCAAUUCUACAGAUUCUUCUGUUGAACCAGGCAUUAGCUCUAGUAUUCCUCCUAUAGAAACCGCUGUUUCACAAAUUUUUUCCAUGCAAGAGAUGAUGACUCAGCUUGUGACUAUGCAAAAAGAAAUGCAGAAGCAGAUAGGAUCAAUGGUUGCUGUCCCAGUUUCCAAAGAAAGCAAAAGACUUGAGGCAGCUUUAGGACGGAGUGUGGAGAAGGCUGUCAAAACUAAUUCUGAUGCUUUGUGGGCUCGUUUCCAAGAAGAGAAUGCAAAACAGGAAAAGGCAGCAAAGGAGCGGAUGCAGCAACUGACAAAUAUGAUCAGCAAUAGCUUAAACAAAGACUUGCCUGCUAUUAUAGAGAAAACUGUCAAGAGAGAACUGACCACACUUGGGCCAUCCGUGGCACGAACGAUCACUCCCACCAUUGAAAAAACAAUAUCUACUUCCAUCGUAGAGAGCUUCCAGAAAGGGGUUGGUGAUAAAGCUGUUAAUCAACUGGAGAAAUCAGUCAGCUCAAAACUUGAAGCCACAGUUGCUAGACAAAUCCAAGCUCAAUUUCAAACUUCUGGCAAGCAAGCCCUACAGGAAACCCUGAAAUCAAGUUUGGAAGUUUCUGUGGUCCCUGCAUUUGAGAUGUCAUGUAGGACCAUGUUUGAGCAGGUUGAUGCCACAUUUCAGAAAGGAAUGGUUGAGCAUACAACAGCAGCUCAGCAACAAUUUGAGGCGGCACAUUCACCAUUGGCACUUGCAUUACGGGAUGCUAUAAAUUCAGCAUCAUCAAUGACACAAACUUUGAGCAGUGAGUUGCUUGAUGGCCAAAGGAAACUAUUAGCUCUUGCCGUCGCAGGAGCAAAUUCUAAAGCACCAAAUCCAUUGAUUAGUCAACUAAGUAAUGGUCCUCUGGCUGGUCUCCAUGAGAAGCUCGAGGUACCUCUUGACCCAACAAAAGAGCUAUCUAGAUUGAUAGCCGAGCGUAAAUAUGAGGAGGCUUUCACUGCUGCCCUGCAAAGGAGUGAUGUUGCUAUUGUAUCAUGGUUGUGCUCUCAGGUUGAUUUACCUGGAAUUCUGUCGAUGAAUCCCCUACCUUUGAGCCAAGGUGUACUCCUCUCUCUUCUACAACAGUUGGCUUGUGAUAUCAGCAAAGAGACCUCUCGGAAAUUAACAUGGAUGAGGGAGGUUCUAUCUGCUAUAAAUCCAACUGACCCAAUGAUUGUAGUGCAUGUGCGCCCCAUCUUUGAGCAAGUUUAUCAAAUAUUGAAUCACCAUCGCAGCCUUCCAACCACAAGCGGUGCUGAACUUUCCAACAUUCGCUUGAUCAUGCAUGUCAUCAACUCCAUGCUUAUGAGCUCUAAGUGAUUCCAGUUAAAAGAAUAACAGGGUCGAUGGAAGGUUUAAAUAUAACUAUAUAGAAGUGAGGAUGUGCAGAGCUGAAACUGUAGCUGUCUUUCCCAUUCUUAUCAGAGGGUGGAAAUAUGUUUAGAGGUCUGGGCGAACUUCAAUUUUCCCAUAUUUAAGUUAUUUGAUGGGACAUCUCUUGUUUAUAUGCAAUUUUGUAUGUUAAAACUUUCCUUUAGCAGGGAUAUUUGUGUUUGUGUUAAAUUAAAUAUCUUGGGUUACAAGUUGCAAGUUGCAACUAGAA